AUGAUCAGAAGACAGGCCCGUGAAAGAAGAGAAUACCUCUAUCGUAAAGCUUUAGAGCUUCAGGAAUCAUCGCUACAACAAAAGCGUCAACAAAUCAAAGCGGCGCUCGCCAGCGGUAAACCCCUUCCAAAAGAAGUGGCCGAGGAUGACAAGCUUCAAAAAGAUUAUCUUUACGAUGAAUCGAUUCAGGACGUUGUGGAUGAUGAGUACGCUGCCCUUAGUGGGAUUCAAGAACCAAAAGUGGUAGUGACCACCUCCAGAGACCCAAGUUCACGGUUGCUCCAGUUUUCCAAAGAGAUCAAACUUCUUUUCCCUACCUCGGUGAAAUUGAAUCGUGGUAAUUAUAUUAUGCCUAAUCUUGUGACUGCUUGUAAAGCCAGUGGGACCACCGAUCUUUUGGUGGUGCAUGAACAUCGUGGGGUUCCGACCUCCCUCACGAUCUCCCAUUUACCCCAUGGGCCAACCGCGUGUUUCACCAUUCACAACGCCGUGUUAAGACACGAUAUUUUCAAUGCUGGGAACCAGAGUGAGGCGCAUCCUCAUUUGAUUUUCGAAAACUUCACCACCAAGUUGGGUCAACGUGUGGUGACAAUCCUCAAGCAUUUGUUCCCUCCAGGAGUCAAGAAAGACAGUCCUAGAGUGAUAUCGUUCAUCAAUAAUGGGGAUUUCAUCAGUGUGAGGCAGCAUGUGUACGUGAGAACUAGAGACGGAGUGGAAAUCGCUGAAGUGGGGCCAAGAUUCGAAUUGAAGUUGUUCGAGUUGAGAUUGGGUACUUUGGAGAACAAGGAUGCCGAUGUUGAAUGGAAGUUGAGAAGAUUUGUCAGAACCGCUAAUAGAAAAGACUAUUUGGCUGAGUAG